AUGACCCGGAAGGCCAAAGCAGCCAUUGUCGUGCUCUCGAGCCUGAUCGCUUAUGUAUCCAUCAACAGCAUAAUCCACGUACUCCGGCCGACUGCUUUUGUCUGGUCUGCAGAGGACCGGGAGGAGCGGAGCUGGAUCGCGAGCUCGCGCUCGUGGUUCGACCGCAAAUCCUGCCGAUGGCUCGGCAUCUGUGGCGCAGCCCACGUACAAACCGUGCACGGGAAAUUCGGACAUCGCGAUCCAGCAGAGUGGGUUAAUGCACAAGAUGCCGAGCCAGAGGCACCCUGGCGGUCCUUUUGGCUUAGCGGGACUGGUGAGGCCGAGUGGGAUGCCGAAGAGCGGGCUCGGCGGCAGAUCCCGGGCUAUGUUUUUCAUCACGCCCCACUCGUUCACCUUUAUUCUGGCGAGCAAUUCUGGCCGGGGGAUAUCGCAGAGCACCUGCAUCAUUCCACUCCGACUCUGAAUUACACUCCAAUUCAGGCCCAAUGGGACCAUCCGACGCUGGCCGAUCUGGACGAGUUGAACAAGUGGGGGUCACGGCACGUUUUUUUGACGAGCAAUGAUGAUGUACAGACGCGUCCACCAUGGCUCGAGGGUGAUAAGAAUAUACCGAAAACGGAUGGGAACCACGACGAAGAAUCCUGGGCUGAUUGGGAUGGCCGAAUCGAUGGUGAUAUUCCCGGUGACACGGAGGAAGAUCGUUCCAAGUGGUACGACUUCCACCAAUUGCAAGAAGACGCUGCCGCUGUAGACGAAUCCAACACCAAUGAACAUUUUCAAGCCCAGCAAAUACUCAAAGAGGAGAUUCGCAAGCGCUACGGUGGAGAGGAGAUCUAUGAUAAUGGUGCUGGUGGUCGAAGCGAUGCCCCGGCAAUCCUAGUGGUGGUGGACAAGGGCAACGGAAUUGUCGAUGCGUUCUGGUUCUACUUUUACAGCUUCAACCUCGGUAACACUGUUGUCAACGUGCGGUUCGGAAAUCACGUCGGCGACUGGGAGCAUUGUCUGGUGCGGUUCCACAAUGGCAAACCGAAAGCGCUCUUCUUCAGUGCCCACCAGGGCGGAGAGGCUUACAGCUACGAAGCUGUUGAGAAGAUCGGACAACGCGUAAGGACCCAAAUCAAAAAAGUUGCAAGAAUCAUUUCACUAAUACUACCUUGGCAGCCCGUCAUCUACUCCGCCGAGGGCAGCCAUGCCAUGUACGCUACAGCCGGAGUACACGAGUACCUUCUCCCCUGGGGACUGCUGCAUGAUGUGACCGACCGUGGUCCACUAUGGGAUCCCCUUCUGAACUCACAGGCCUACACCUACGACUUCGAUACCGAGAAUCUACGGGCGUCCACCUUCAGCCCCUCUGCCCCAACUGAAUGGUUCCAUUACAGAGGCCACUGGGGUGACAAGUUCUACCAACUAGGCGAUUCUCGUCAGUAUCGAUUUGCAGGCCAGUACCACUUCGUUAAUGGACCCACUGGCCCAAAGUUCAAACAUCUCAACCGCCAUAAGGUGUGCCAGGGCCCUGACCGUGCUCCCUGUGUCAUCAAGAACUUCAUUGAUCGAGGGAAACGACCUCAGCGGUGGGGCUUAAGCAGCCCGAGAGAGUAG